UUAUUUAAAAAAAUUGGUUAUUUUUAUAGCGCCCCAAAAUCAUCUUUGAUGUUGAGAAAUUUUGUAUUUAAAAUUUAAUUAAAAGUAAAUAAAAAAUUAUUUUUUUUAUCCGAUAAAAAAAAAUUCAGAUUUUUCUGCCCCUCCCUUUAAUAUCUAAAACCGAGAUUCUUCACUCGCAUACCACGCACACGCACGCCCGCACGCAGAUUUUCGAAAAAAAAAAGAAUGGAGAGAAACACACCGGUGAGAAAGCCACACACAUCCACCGCCGAUCUCCUCACAUGGAAGGAGGCUCCUCCUUCUGACUCUGCGCCCACCGCCGCCGCUCACCGCUCUCACCAGCCAUCCGAUAGAAUCAGCAAGGUUCUGUUUGGAGGUCAGGUCACCGAUGAAGAAGCUGAGAGUCUCAUGAAAAAGAAGCCUUGUUCAGGGUAUAAAUUGAAGGAGAUGACUGGCAGUGGUAUAUUUGCAGCUAAUGGUGGAGGUGAUGCAUCUGAAUCUGGUAAAACUAGUGUGCGUGUUUAUCAGCAAGCAAUGAAUGGAAUUAGUCAAAUAUCAUUUAAUACUGAAGAGAGUAUCUCUCCUAAGAAGCCUACCUCUCUUCCUGAAGUAGCAAAGCAGCGCGAAUUAAGUGGGACUUUGCAAAGUGAGUCAGACAUGAAGAAUAAAAAGCAGAUAUCAGAUGCAAAAUUCAAGGAGAUAAGUGGCCAUGACAUCUUUGCCCCUUCCCCUGAAAUCAAACCUCGAUCCUUGGCUGCUGCACGCACAUUGGAAUCAAAAGAAAACAAAGACAUUGAGAAACCUGCCCCGCGAAAUAUACGCACUUCUGUAAAAGUUUCUAAUCCUGCUGGAGGUCAGAGUAACAUACUAUUUGGUGAAGAACCUGUCGCGAGGACAUCAAAGAGAAUACACAACCAGAAGUUUCAGGAGUUGACAGGCAAUGAUAUUUUCAAGGGAGAUGUUCCUCCUGGAUCUGCCGAAAAACCACUAAGCAGUGCUAAACUGAGAGAAAUUAGUGGCAGUAAUAUCUUUGCUGAUGGAAAGUCAGAAUCCAGGGACUAUUUUGGUGGUGUUCGCAAGCCUCCUGGUGGUGAGAGCAGCAUCACAUUGGUGUAACUUGUGGGCCAAUCUAACUAGCAAUAUUUGCAUGAUUCAUUAGUGUUUUAUAUUAUUCCUGUGUGAGCUCUUUAUGUUUCGACUGGUGAAGUGCCCUUUUGAUGUUAAGAGUGGUGUACGAUGGCUGUGGAUUAUGUGUAAGCUGUUUGACAUUUAGAUUAAAGUGCUGAAUCGGAUGGCUAAUUGAGUUAUUUCUAUCCUAUUAAUCAUGAGUUUCUCUCCAA